AUGAAGACCUUCGCCGUCGUCUCUCUCGUCGCCCUGGCCUCCGUCGCCUCCGCCCAACUCGACAACAUCCCCUCCUGCGCCCUAAACUGUUUCAUCGGUCCUCUCACCUCCGACGGCUGCUCGUCGCUCACCGACUUCGCCUGCCACUGCAAGCAAGGCACCACGCUGCUCGCUUCGGUCCAACCCUGCGUCAAGGGCGCCUGCUCCGCCGCUGACCAGCAGACUACCAUCAAUGCUGUUAAGUCGACUUGCGCCGACGCUGGUGUCCCGAUCGAGAUUCCCGACGCUUCGUCCGCUGCCAGCUCAGCUGUUGCUAGCGCUACGAGCGCGGCUGCGUCUGCUGCGAGCUCUGCGGCGGCGAGUGCGUCCGCUGCUAUCUCCAGCGCUUCAUCCGCUAUUGAGUCGGCUGCGUCCAGUCUGAGCAGUGCUGCUUCUGCGGCUUCUAGCUCGGCUGCUAAUACUACUUCUGCUGUUAGCUCUGCUGCUAGUUCCGCCACUGGUAGUGCUACUGCCUCCGCCCCCUCUAGCCAGUUCACUGGUGGUGCCGCUCAGGCUACUCAGGCUGCUGGUCUUCUUGGUGCUGCUGCCCUGGCUAUCCUUGCUUUGUAA